GCAGUACCGUAUUUCAAAGAACAGCGCGCAUAACUUUUUCAAUUAACCACACCCUUUGCACUAUGACAUCAACCCAUAAGAUCCUUUUACUUCAGUGUAAACGGAAGUGACCAAGAACACAUUCCACGAAAUCGUUUUUGUUAUUUAGACGCUUAUUACCAACCUGGAACUCAAAAUAUGACUAAUUUAACUGCACAGCAUUACAUUAGUUACCUCAGGUAGUGUUUAAUUCGCGUUGGAGACAGGACUUGGUUGAUAGCUAGCAAGCGUUACCUAAAACUGCUAACAAUGGCUAACUGUAUGGUUUUUCACACUCAAAUAGCCUCCAUCAUGGAGGUACUAGCAAAUGCAGCCGUGGCAGACAUCUGUAAACUCGUAGACGACGACUAUGCAGUGUUUCGUUUGGAAAUUACUCAAAGCCAUAAAGAAAACCGAGGAUUGCGGAGGAAACUACAGCUGCUGGAACUGAAGAUGGCACGAGACCGCGUCCUCGCUAGUCGUCCCAGUAGUGUGAAACUCCUCGACCGAUAUAGAGGAUUGGCAAGAGGUGAAGGACAUCUCACUCGAGGCCACAGGAGCUUUGUGAAGCCAGCGGCACAUAACGUGUGUAGAGAUGACCAACCCAUCACUGUUGAUGAGGGGAGUGGAACCUCAACCCAGCAUGUUAUCGUGAUCGAGUCUGCAGAUGCAGAUGCUGCUGGUCCUGGGGUCAAGCUGGAGAGGUCUGAAGGAGACGAGGACCCACGGAACAGCAGAGACUACCAGACUGGAGCGUCCCAUGUAGCCAUGGAGGACCCCACCACCACCGUUCCCCAGCCCAGGACCCGACUCAGAAUCACGGAGGAGGAGGAGGGUCCAGAGGUGUUGCUGGUGAAGGAGGAGGGUCUGGGGAACCCUGAGGGGACCAUGGUCAUGGAGGACAACCAGACGACACCUCCUCCUGAACCCACAGAGGAACCAGCUAGGCAGCACAGGACCACACACAGUCUCACUGAGUCAGUCAACAUGGAGGAUGGGAAGCCUGAUCUGCUGCUGGUCAAAGAGGAGCCAUUAGAAGACGAACCAGAGAGCAUUGAUCUGUUGAGUGGACUGAAGAUGGGGGAGCAAGGUGGAUGGCUGGAGGCUAACAGAGGAGACUGGGUGGCCAUCUUGGAUUCCCAGACUCAGAUGGGUGCAGCCAAGGGCCCAGGGGAUAAUGUCACUGAGCAGUACAGGACUAGAGGCGAUAUAGUGGAGGUCAGUGGAUGGGACAGUGUCCUCAACUCUGGGCUGGGGAACAACACUGUUAACCACAACCAGAAAAAGACAGUCGAACACAAAACAACAACCAAACUUAGUCUCCAUGACAACAGACUGGCUGAGACCAGGGCGAGGCGUAGAUUUGGUCUGCAGGUACGGGGAGGUGUCCGUGUGUGGCGGGAGAGAACAGACACAGACUUGGCAAGCGAUGUUCCGUCCUGCUCCUAUAGUUGUGAUUCAGAGAGACUGAUGGCACCUCAGGUUACCCCCCUAACAGAUGCUGCCUUCAGUCUGCCUUCUAUAGGAUCUAUCCACUGGAACAUGGACCCUGCGACAUCACAGACACUCCCUGGCCUUCGUCCUCCUCACACUCUCCUGUUAAACCAGACCUCAGACAAUGCCAAUGCCUCAACACUAAAUGGCUACACAAGCCCAUUGACAAAUGGCAGUAGUAGUAACACUGUCAGUAGAUCCGGUGGCAAAGAGAAGCGCUUCCCGUGUUCAUUCUGUGGGAAAGCUUUCAGUUUCCCCAAACAGAUGGAGAUCCACCAGAGGAUGCACACAGGGGAGAAACCAUUUGGCUGCCACCUGUGCCGGGCUAGUUUCUCCCAAUUGUCCAACCUGAAGAGGCACCAGAGAGUCCACACAGGGGAGAAACCCUACAGCUGUCUCCAGUGUGAGAAGAGGUUCUCACGCCAGCACGAUCUCAAGAUGCACCUGAAGGUCCACACUUGAGAGAGGCUGUUCACCUGUACGCACUGCAGGAAAAGGUUUUCAGAGAGGAGCUACCUCAGGAUACACCAACAGAAAAUGCACAUGGUCCAUGAAUAGGGUACACCACGUCAUUUCAACAUGUAGAAUUGGGUAAUAUUUGGUAUUUGGUAGAUACAUUGAUCUAUUUUCACCUACUCAAAAUGACAGCUAAAAGUUUGUUGAAUUCCCCAUGUGUUAUCACAAUGCUUUCAAUUAUCUAAAAGUGAAACCAAAUUCCAAUGGAAAAAUCUGUUAGAUUUUUGGUUUCGUAUUCACCUAUGUGUUGUCACUGAGCUUUCAACCAUUUGAAAUCACACUGAAGUUCAAAUGGGAAUACAUUGUCAGAUAUUGUUAAUUUAUACAACAACUUAAUGUGUUAUGACUGUGAUUGAUCUAAAAGCACUACCAAAUGACCACUAUUGUUGUCCACCGCAUUCAGCCAAGUGUGUAACAUCCUAAGGUGUCUGAAAAUAGUGGUGGAAAAUGUUGUUUUAUUUAGUCAGUACACGUAUCACCCCCCCCCCCCCCCGCGGCUCACCAUUUAAAGCUAGUUAAGGAGGAAAAUUAUGCCAUUUCAGCCUGAAUGGAGGACGCUUUAUGUACGAGCCGGUCCACAGGGGAAACGAGUGUAUUACCGGGAACGCACAUCAAACCUAGACGAUAGUGCAGAUCUAGCGGCCACUAUCGGCUGGCUGUCCUGUAGUGGUGCACUAUAGUGGUGCAAUUGCCCUCAUACUUGAGACACUGGCGAUCUCAUAAAACAACUAUCUUAACUUGAAAUUGGUGCUGACUAUUCGGAUAUCUCUCUUAGCAACCUAGAUGUUGUUUCAGCAAUAAGGCAUGAGAGGGAAUUAUCAGGAAUUAUCCUGUGAUAACUCCCGACUAAGGGCUGUUCUUAUUCUCAAGGCAAAGCCAAGGGCUGGGGAAACAGCCCUUAGGAGCUAGUUAUCACACAAUAAUUCCCAGGUUCUCGUGCCUUAUUUCUUUCAUAAAACGUUUGCCAACAUCCACUACCUUUCAAAGGUUUGGGGUCACUUAGAAAGAAAAGCAUUCAUGUUCAUUUGACAUGAAGUUGUAUGUUAUAUAAUGUUGAACCUUUUCCAAAGUAUUCUAAAAUGAAUUUGAUCAAAGCGAGCGUACCAGAUUUACAGAAAUGGUCAAGUGUUACCAUAGUGAGAAGUUAUGUCACAUAUGGUUUUGUACAAUAAAAAGUAUUCUAAUGCCAUUUUGUUUAAAACCUACAUUGAUUCUGCUGACUAACUUGGUUAUUUUGUAUCAUUGCAGACUGUUUGGACCUUUUUAUAUAUAUACAAAUAAUAAACUCCAAUAGCUCCAUGUUAGGUUCUUGAA